CCGUGGUUUAUCCCAAAAAAUGUAGGCAAAGCCAAAAAUAUAUUGAGUUGGAACCAACGACUUCAAAUUGCAGUGGAUACUGCAGAAGGAUUGGAGUAUCUGCAUCAUGGCUGCAAUCCACCAAUUGUUCACAGAGAUGUGAAGUCUAAAAACAUUUUACUGAAUGAAAAAUUCCGGGGCAAACUAGCUGAUUUUGGGUUGUCAAAGAUCUACCCCGAUGAAGGUGACACCCAUAUGACCACAGUGGUAGCUGGUACCCCUGGAUAUCUUGACCCUGAGUACAAUAGAUCACAUAGGUUGAAGGAAAAAAGUGAUGUUUUCAGUUUUGGGAUAGUUUUGCUUGAGAUAAUUACCGGUCAACCUGCCAUAACCAAAACUGAAGAGAAAACUCACAUAAUUCAAUGGGUUAGUUCUAUAUUACUUGAAAGGGAGAUGAGUGAUAUUGUAGAUUCAAGAUUACGGGGAGAAUUUGAUAUUGAUGCCGUAAAGAAGGUCUUAGACACUGCAAUGGCAUGUGUAGCAACCACUUCCAUUAAUAGGCCAACCAUGAGCCAUGUAGUUAAUGAACUGAAACAAUGUUUGGGUUUGGCAAAGAGGAUGAGUCCUCCUCCGUCUGAAUCUGACGAUCAUGAGAGUUCAACGAACAGCUUAAUCACUGUCUCCUUUGAUGGAAUUAGUGGAGAAAGCUCUCUAGAAAGAUAGUAAAUUGUUGGGGUUAUUUUAUGGUAUUUGUGUGUGGAGAUAUUUUAUAAGAGUUAUUUUUAUAAGGUUUUUCACACACAACUCUAUAUUGUCCGUUUUGGGCCAAAGUCCUUACGGUUUUGUUUUUGGUCAUCAUCCAAAAAGUAUUUCUUUUAUUGAAGUAUGCGUGUGUUUUAUAAGUUUUUAUUUUUUCUCUUAUUUUAUUGAUAUGAAACUUGUUAAUAUCUCAUCAUAAGAGUUAUUUUUUAUAAGAAUUAUUUUUAUUUCUCUUAUUUUAUCGAUGUGAAACUUGUUAAUAUCUCAUCAUAAGCCUUACGAUUUCUCUUAUUUCUCUUACAGUUAAUAUUUUAUAAGAGUUAUUUUUAUAAGGUUUUUCACGCACAACUCCACAUGAUGAGAUAUUGUCCGCUUUGGGCCUAAGCCUUUACGGUUUUGUUUUUUGUCAUCAUCCAAAAGGCUUUUCUUUUAUUGAAGUAUGUGUGUGUUUUAUAAGUUGUUAUUUUUUCUCUUAUUUUAUCGAUGUGAAACUUGUUAAUAUCUCAACAAUAGUUAUUAUUUUUUCUUUCCCUCAAACAAGGGACCUAACCUUAAGUUAUGAGGGUUAUCCCAACAAUCUUUCCCUUAAACAAGGGACCUAAUCUUGAAUUAUGAGAGUUUUAUUUUUAGUCGUCACCCAAAAAAUCUCUCUUACAUUGAAGUAUGUGUAUAUUUUAUAAGUUGUUAUUUUUUCUCUAA